AUGGCCGACUACCGAACCUCUGCCCUCAAGUCCCCAAUCGACGUAGCCGAGUAUCUAUUCCUCCGUCUUCAACAAAUCGGCGUAGAUUCAAUUCAUGGCGUACCUGGAGAUUAUAAUCUGAUAGCACUUGAUUAUGUCCCUAAAGUUGGUCUGAAAUGGGUUGGCAACGUCAAUGAGCUCAAUGCUGGCUACGCAGCGGACGGCUAUGCCAGAGUCAAGGGCAUAUCAGCCAUCGUGACCACAUUCGGAGUUGGAGAGCUCUCAGCCAUAAAUGCGAUGGCAGGUGCAUAUUCCGAGCAUGUUCCGGUCGUUCACAUCGUGGGCACCCCCUCCACAGCGUCACAGAAAAAUGGCAUGCUGUUACAUCACACCCUUGGCAACGGCAAUUUCAAUGUCUUUUCAGAUAUGAGUCAAGGUAUCUCUUGCGUUAUGGAGAAGCUCAACGACCCCAUCACGGUUGCUUCUCAGAUCGACCACGCUUUGCAGCAGUGUUGGAUCCAGUCCCGACCAGUUUAUCUCAGUCUUCCUACCGAUGUCGUUCAAAAGAAGAUCGAGGGCGAGCGACUCAAGACUCCAAUCGAUUUAAGCUUACCAGAAAAUGAUCCAGACAGGGAGGCUUACGUCGUGGAUGUGGUGUUAAAAUACCUAUUAGCUGCGAAAAACCCCAUCAUCUUGGUUGAUGCGUGUGCAAUCCGACACAGGGUUUUGGAUGAAGUUCAUGAUUUGAUCGAGAAAACGAACUUACCCGUCUUCGUCACGCCGAUGGGCAAAGGAGCUGUCAAUGAGGAACAUUCUAACUAUGGCGGAGUGUACGCCGGAGAAGGAUCUCAACCAGAUGUGAAGAAGCGUGUCGAAGCUUCAGAUCUGAUCUUGACUAUCGGUGCAAUCAAGAGCGACUUCAACACAGCUGGCUUCUCCUACAAGACAUCCCAGCUCAAUACAAUCGAUUUCCAUAGUACACACAUCACAGUCAGAUACUCGGAAUAUCCGGGAGUGCAUAUGCGUGGUGUCUUAAGACAAGUCAUCAACAAAAUCGAUCUUAACAGGCUAUCGGCUGUAGCAGGCCCUACUGUCGAAAACGAAGUCGACAACAACGAUGAUGGCACACCCACUAUUACACAAGCCUGGUUCUGGCCUAGGGUCGGUCAAUUCCUCAAGGAGAAUGACAUCGUCAUUACUGAGACUGCACAAGGCACAUUUUUCAUAUGGGGGCUGGCUCGGGAGCAUGCAUAUGGGCUCCUGAAACAGCUCCCAAGCUCUUUGCCUCUGUCCCAAAAUUCAACCUCUGACUAUGCUGAUACGUCGAUUAGUAAUUUUGGAAUUUGGGAGACUAAAUUCCCGAAGAACGUCACUGCGCUUUCCCAGGUUCUGUGGGGAAGCAUCGGAUAUUCCGUCGGCGCCACUCAAGGUGCGGCUCUGGCAGCGCGGGAUGCAGGAACUUCUCGUCGAACAAUUCUCUUCGUGGGCGAUGGAUCAUUCCAAUUGACUGCUCAAGAAGUAUCAACGAUGAUACGUCUAGGCCUGAAAGUAACUAUAUUUGUGGUAUGCAAUGACGGCUUCACAAUCGAACGCUUCAUCCACGGAGUAGAUGCCGAGUAUAACGACAUCGCAGCCUGGAAUUUCAAGGAUAUUAUCAAGGUCUUUGGUGCCAAGGAUGGCUCAUACAAAACUUUCCAGAUCAAGACGAAGGCUGCAGUCAACCAGCUCUUUGCGGACGAGGCAUUUAACGCAGCGGAGGUUCUCCAGUUUGUUGAGCUUUACAUUCCAAGGGACGAUGCUCCGCGAGCACUGAAGUUGACUGCCGAGGCGAGUGCUGCCAAUAAUGCGAAGCAGUGA